UCCACUUGUUGCGCAGCUUGCUCCAGUCGGCCGCACGAUGGCACCCUCUGCCAUGCUUACGGCAGUGAACAGCCAUGAAGGCUGCCCUGUGAGGGAAUCCGGAGCCUCGCCGAGGUAAUGCGUUUGCCGCUGUGGAUCACCGCUUGAAGGACCGAAGCCAGCACAUUCACCGUCAGAGCGCUCCCGACGUCCCGGAUGGAGACGGACUUUGCUCUUUCAGGACUCCUUUCUUCAGAAUAUGGCUGUCAUCCACACUAACAGACCUCACACUGAGCCAGAAAAGCUUGGCUCAAACUGGUCCAGUCACAUGCAGCCUACCUGAUCCUGGACUCACAGAGGUGGACUUAGGUGCUACUGUUAAAAUGCAAAUAACUCUGGUUGACAUUUCAUAUCUUUCUUUAAAAAGUCAAACAGAAAAGGUAUUUCUUUAGUUCAGGAUUUUCUCCACACUGUUAUGUUUUAUUCAUUCUCCAAUACUUGAUUGUAAAGUCCUGAGUAUAGCUGGUCUCAGCGGACGGCUCCUUCAGGGUCAGAAUGCACCAGUUGUUUAGUCGGGUCCUCGGUCAGAGGGACCUGUCCAGAGCAGGAGACCUGUUCUCUCUAGAGGACACGGAGAUCGAAGACGGCCUGUCUGAAGCUCUGGAUCAGAUCAAGGACAUCUCCUGUUCACCAGACUAUUUGACCAACGACAAUGAUCAGGCCGUGGUCGAGAUUUGCAUCACACGCAUCACCACGGCCAUCCGAGAGACCAGCUCCAUCGAACGACACAGCAUGGCCCUGGUGGGCCUGUGGGAGUCUUGUCUUGAGCAUAACCUGACUCCUCAAGGGGAAAGCACAGAAGACACGCCGCACGCAAAGAUAGCCUCUGACAUCACCAGCUGCAUCCUGCAGAACUACAGCUGCCCCUCAGUCAUGGCUCUGGCUGUUCCAGUGGCGGUGCGAUUCCUGCAGCGAGGGAACCAGGAACUGAGCAGGAACAUGUCCAGCUAUCUCUCACUGGCUGCUAUAGCAAAAGCUGACUUGCUGGCUGAACAUACAGAGGCCAUAACCGUCAGUGUGCUGGGAGGUAACCACAUGAUGCUACGUGUGCUGCCAUCAGUCUACCCCAAACAGCCACACACUAUCCACCAUCACCUGGGCAGCCUUACAGCAAUGAUGCCCCAGCUGGAGACACCUGAGCAACAACACCUGAUCAGACUUAUUCAGACGGUUGCAGAGCAGCAUCCACUUAUCCUGAGCACACAUGUGCCCACACUGGUCAAUUACCUGAGUGAGCCCACUCUGACUGAGGCUUUGUUGGGAGCUCUUGUGGAUGUUUCCCAGGCCAGCCCCUCGUCACUGGUCAGCUUUUUGCCAGGACUAAGGAUGGUGGGACAGCAGUCUGCUGCUUUUCUCAGUCAUGUAGCCAAAAUCCAUGGUGCUAUUGGCAUCCUCAGUGAGACCCAUGCCCACAGCUCAUUGGUCUACCUGGUGUCCCUCCUGGGCAGUAUGGAGCACAACUUUCACCACACCUUGCUGCAGGAGAUCAGAGCUCUGACUGACAGAUACCCAUCGUUACUGGGAGGCUGUGGGAAAGACAUCUACAGAAUGAGCAACUCAUUCACUGCCAUAGCCAGAGUGUUGGAAAGACGACUGGAGGACAAAACCACCCUACACUGCAGGGUGGAAGAGGCAUGUCCAUCUUCAGGUGGACCUCUUCCCGCUGGUCGAGGAGGAGGGACAUCUGAGCAGCGACUGCAGGUAAAAGUCCAGAAAUUUGACAAGAAAACACAACAUGUGGGAACGACAGAGGAGGAAGGGGAGGAUUCUCCUCCGCAGCAGCGACGCCACAGCCUGAGCCAAGGUGUCGAGGAGGAGAGACGGGAGAUGAGAUUCAACAGGUCAAAGAGCCUGGCUCUUCAUAUUGUGUGUUCACGCUCCAUCAGCUCAGAUACAGGAGAGGACAGUGAAGCUGUAGAGCCAAGCUCAGAGAACUGCGUUUCCAAUGCUCAGCCUAAUCAGCCCUCAGACAGCCAUGAAGUCUCACCGGCAGAAAAGAAACUGACAAGUGACAACUCCCUGUCUGUCACAGCAGAGAAAAAGGAGGUGGAAAAUGCUGAGAUUAAAGAUGUGAACAGAGAGGAAGCAGAACAGGAGCAAGCUGACAGACUCUUCAUUCACUUAAGAGACAACAUGGAGACGAUCAGGGAGUUCUGCACCGACAUGGUGAAGCGGAUCCCGGUUCCAGAGCAGUGUGUGAUUGAAGAUUCAAAUCGAGGUUGCGUGGCCAAGCUCUCGUUCUCCUGUCCCCUGAAGGGCUACUACUGCCUGUACGCCAAAUCCAGUUUCCUCCUGACCAGCCAACAGCCUCACCUUUGGAUUCACAUCAUGCUGCUGCAUCUACAGAGCAAGUCAAGUGCCACUCUGUGCAGCAGAGACAAAAGUGUCGAAAGAUUAGCUUCUCUUUGGGAGAAGACGCAGCUUAAAGGAUCACACAGCUUUUCCAUGGCCAUGACACAACAAUCCACCCCACAAAGAAAGGACCUGGACAACCUUCACAUCCAGCUGGAGGAGGUUCGCUUCUUUGACCUGUUUGGGUUCAGCGAAGAGGAGGGGGGCUGGCUUUGCUUCAUGUGCAACAACCCUGAGAAGGCCACAGUCGUGAACCAGGAAGGACAACCUCUGAUCGAAGGGAAGUUGAAGGAGAAACAGGUCCGCUGGAAGUUUAUCAAGCGCUGGAAGACCCGCUAUUACACCUUGGCAGGGAACCAGCUCCUCUUCCGCCGGGGCAAAUCUAAAGAUGAGCUGGAUGACAUCCCAAUAGAGCUGAGCAAAGUGCAGAGUGUCAAGGUAGUAGCUAAGAAGCGCCGGGAUCGGGGUCUGCCGAGGGCCUUCGAGAUCUUCACAGACAACAAGACAUACGUGCUAAAAGCUGAGGAUGAGAAACACGCUGAGGAGUGGCUGCAGUGCAUCAAUGUAGCCGUGGCUCAGGCCAGAGAGAGGGAGAAAAGAGAGGCGACCACCUACCUGUGAGAACAGAACCAACACAGACACUGACUUUGAUGGGAAUCAUUAGUAUUCAUUUCAGUUGGAGCACGUUCUUCUUCUUUUGUUGGUUUAUGCAUAACCAAAUGGACAGAGAGGAAAUAGAAACAAUCACUGCUGAUAACUUGAGGAAGUGGGCAAAGAGCCAAGUUGGUUGGUGUGAAUUGGAUCACCUAAACAAUAACGUUUCUGUCCCUUCUUGGGCCUGCAGUGCUAGCUCUGAUAUGUAAACUCAGAGCAGGAAGGCUAUUCUCUGCAGAAAUUGUAAAAGUAUUUUGAACAAAGACUAGCUAUCUGUUCCACAUGUAGACAUCAAUCCUGCUGAUGAUGGAACAUUGACUUAUUUAACCCAGAUUUGUUAUGCAGUAUUUUUAGUAUAUAAUAUAAGAAACCAGCAAAAAUAGACUGCAUGUAUUGCUAACUUGAAGUAUUGAUCCAUUUUUACAGCACUGUACCUACUGUUAACCUGUGGGCAAGACCUGCUCGUAUGUUACACACAUUCGUCAGUGGACCACACGCAAAAUACAAAAUCUUUUAAUAUCUAUAAAUGACCCAGAUAAAACAACAUAGAAAUUCUCAUUUUUGCUGUAUUUUACUGUGAGAUAAGUAGUGGGUACAAUGUAAAAAAAAUUGCUUUGAAGCUGAUUUAGAUUUGAUUAUUUUAUACAUCUUUUUAUGUCGACACAUUUAACUUACGAAGAACAAUGACAAAUUACAAAAUCGGUGGAGUCAGCUAAAGACUUAAGCUAACUUUUGUCUAACCUUCCUUUUUCCAAGAUGUCAAAGUCUUUUGUGACCUAUAUUUUUUUUUUAUGUGCAACUUUUGCGUGCCUAGAUGGCCUAAAUAAUUCUGUAUCGCAUAUUUUCAUUUCAGUUCAUUUUUAUCACCUACCUUUCUUCUGUUGAAGUUCUUGAAGUUUCUCAUAAGAGAAGUGGCUGGAAAAUACAAAUGGUCCAAGUUUCUCCUUUUUACAAUCUUGUUGUGUUGUUCUAGUAGUUUUUUUUAAUCUUUCCAUAGAAGAAAUAUUUUGUUGCAUGCAUGGCGCUUAAAACGUUAGAGACAUCUUUCAAAAGGUCACGUCAGUGCAAUAUUGCAUUUUAGUAUGUUUAUGGUUGAGACUGCUGUCCAGAUAAAAUUUAGUCACCUAAAUUUUAAACCCUGCAGUCGUCUCUUGUAUGAACACUUUGUCCCGAAAUGAUCAGAUCUGCUUCAGCGUUCUGUACCAUUCUUAGUCAAGAUCAAGGUAAGCCCAUUUUGGUAACCUCUGCUCCCUAAAAGUAAGGUUCAGCUGCUCUGUCUAUGGAUUUAGUAAUGUUUGAAAUUAAAAGUGGAACAAUGGAGCAUGAACACCUUGUCAACCGUGUUGGACUGGUUUCCAAAUCCAUAGGCAGCUGCGUGUUUCAUUUGACCACAAAACUCUUAAAAUAUUGUUCUUCAAAUAAAACGUUUCCAAGGCGGCUCUGUAACCUCUCUCUUGUAUCCGUCAGUCCGUUCCACACGUAGUCCAGUUAUGUCUCAUGCUGGAGAAUGUAUGACGCUGCUUUCCAUGAUUUAAAGCUCAAUGAGAAUACUGCUGUAGUUUAAACAAACACUGUGAAGAUGAUUCAUACAGGUUAUCUGAAUGUUUCAAAUAAUUUCCUUCAGCCUUGAGGAACAUGAAUCAUAUAUAUUUUUUCUUCCUUUUUGAUGUUUGAUUAAAUUUGAUUUUGAUGAAAGGUCAGUAUUUAUUAUGUGUUUUUAAGGCCUCAAACAAUGAAUGACUAAUGAAAUGUUGUCUCCUCCUCUGUCUUAUUGUUCUUUUCCUGGUUUUAUAACUAUUAAAUUCAAAUGAAUGCAUACAAAUGAAUGACGUGUUGUAUUGACAAUAAAGCAGUAUUGUUUUGUGGGAGUAA